AUGCAGCGCUUUCUCAGCCGUCGCGAGGAGCACCGCGCCGAGAAGCGCAGGUCCAAAGAAGCCGCCCGCAACAAAGUACGCCCCCCCUCUGUCUCUGCCGCUUCUUUCCUCCCUCUGCUGUGCCCCGCCUGCGAGGCGCUCCCUCGACACGGGCACCACCGUCCUCGGCCACCGUCCGCCGGCCUCGAGUCGCUGCAUCACAAGCUCCCCGCUGCCCUGCGACACAGCGUGCAAGACGGCUUCCUAUUCUUACCCACGCCCUCUCGCCCAUGGCUUAUCCAACCCCUGCCUCCACCCUCACCUCUCGACUCGUCUGACCAUGUGCUGCAACAGUCUCGCCUCGGCACUCCCGUCUCCUCCGACCUGUACAAGAUCUUCACAAACGAAGAAGCCAAGACGCCCGCCGACAAAGACGCCCAGAAGAAUGUCGCCAUGCUGCUCUCCCGACUGCAGGGGGCCGGCAUAGCGAGACUGGGAAAGGAACAAGCGGAGCAUGCCCUGGACUGGUACCCGGACGACAUCGACCAGGCCUACGACGUCCUCGUACUCGCAAACGAGUCCAUCGAGGGAGAACUGAAGGACUACGACCCCAUUGUCAACAUGGUGGGCGCCAUCAACAGGAACAUGGUUACGUGCUACCUGGACGCCCUGCUCUUCGCCAUGUUCGCGAGGCUGGACAGCUUUGAAGCCAUGCUGUACGACAACUUUGACGACGAGCCCAGAAAGAAACUCGCCGCUACCCUGCGUCUGUGGGUCAACCUGCUCAGGACUGGACGUCUGAUCAAGGUUGAGCUCACAAAACACCUGCAGGAUGCCUUGGCAGCGUGCGGGUGGGAGGAUGCCGCCAACAUCUGCCAGCAAGACGCUUCAGAAGCCUUCACCUUCAUCACAGGUGCUCUCGAGCUACCCUUGCUCACCCUGAAGAUGGACAUUUACCACACCGGUCGCGAGGACAAGGAAGACGACCACAAGUUUGUCAACGAGCGGCUGCUGGAAGUCGCCAUUCCCGAGCAGGACGGAGAAGGCAUCAUCACGCUGGAAGACUGCCUGGAGACGUACUUCAACAACCGCAUCGAGGUGAAGCGAUUCUUGCAACGCCAAAACACCAUCGGCUCGACCAGGUCUGUAGAUCGAAACGCGUUCGAUCGAGAUCCCGAGAAGAACGAGACCUUCCACGUCGAAAGCAUCGAGCUCACGGGCCCAGAGUCGCCCGUGGUGUCCACCCCGAUCUCCAUGGCGCCACCGAGCCCGCUGACGCCUAUCCGACCAACGCUCCAUGGUCGUCGACGCGCGGACAGCAUCUUCAGCCAGCGAUUCAAGAAUGCACAAGACAACCGGUUCGACGAGAAGAAGCAUCUAGACGACAUGUUGAGCAACAGCUCCAGUGGGCGGCCACGGUCAGCGUCACUUCUUAGAAAGGAGGUUCUGAUGCCCGCAUGGCAGUUCUUCAGCCUGAUCCCCUGGUACACGGACAAUGUCCCCAGUACGGAUGCGCAGGUGGCGGCCCACUUCUCGGCUCGACGUCCUGUCCUCGGUAUCUGCCUGAAGCGCUACACCAUGACCCCCACCGGCGCACCCAAGCGGCUCAACACGUACGUUGACAUUCCGCUGGAAAUCGCUUUACCGCAUUUCGUCUCGGACGAAAGAAUGGCAGACGAAGGCCCUCUGUUUGGCAACUUCAAGCUAGUGCUACAAUCCGUCGUGUGCCAUCGUGGCGUCUCGGUGGACUCUGGCCAUUACAUCUCGCUGGUCCGCGCCAACGCUCACGAGCGACCAGAUGCUUCCCAAUCAGACGAUGACGAAAACCUAGACGCGUGGCUCAGGUUCGAUGAUCUAGCGAGCCCGCGUGUAAAGGAGGUCGACAUCAGACAAGCGCUGCGUGAGGAAUCGCCGUACCUCUUGUUCUAUCAGGUGCAGCCGAUUGACGAGGUGUUGGCAUCGCGAGGCGACCCUCCCACGUAUACCGAAGCACAGUCUGAAGCCAUAUCAACUGUUCCUUCGAGAGAGACACUCGUCUCAUCGCUGGAUCCUGAUAGCGGCGGCGAGUGGGACAAGGUGAGACGGACCGACGUGCACCCAGAGUCGGUGGUUUCGGACGGACCGAUCGGUCGCGCGAGCAUGUCUAGCAACAGACGCAGCAGCGUUGCCUUUGACGACCUGGAGAGUGUGUCCCGCGGUCGCACCGAGCCUCACACGCCUGCGGAUGAAUCGAAGAUGGGAUUCUUGUCGGCUUCACGACGGAGUUCGCGUACAUGGCUAGGCGGUAACAAGAGCCGACCUACCAGUCAGAGUGGCGAGGGACGAUUGUCCCUUACGCUCUCGAGACUGACGGGUCGCGGGAGCAAGGACAAGUUGACCAUUGCCGAAGGUGGAUCUACCGAGGACCCUGUCAUCGUCGUUGACUCGGUCGAAAGUCAAAACGGUACACCUCCAGAGGUGCAGAGCCCGAGCCAAGAAAAAAAAGAGGCUGCCAUCACACGCAGCAAGAGCAAAAAGGGGAAGAUGGGCCAUCACAGGAGCAAGAGCAGAGAUCCUCUGGGCGAGCCGUCAGAGAAGAGCAAGCACAAGGACAAGAACCGGCCUGAUAGGGAAUGCUCUGUCAUGUGA